ACAGCAGCCUGAAGGGCACUUUCUUAGUCCCUUCAGAGAAAAUAAAAUAAAACUCUUGGAACAAGAAGACCUUGGCCCCAUCUGCUGUGGGAUGAAGCAUAUAAGGCAUUUCGUUCCCUCCUUAUUCUUGAGUUUUGUGCACGUUUGCCUGGUUCAGGCAAAUUAUGCCCCCUAUUUCUUUGAUAAUGGAGACAGAAGCACAAACGGCAACAUGGCCCUUCUCAGCCUUUCGGAGGACACACCCGUUGGCACCCACGUGUACACUCUGAAUGGAACUGACCCAGAAGGAGAUCCCGUGACAUAUGGCCUGGCCUAUGAAGCUGGAUCAAGGCGCUACUUCUCUGUUGACGAGUACCUUGGAAACGUUACGCUGGUUGAGGAGCUUGACAGAGAGAAGGAAGAUGAGAUUGAAGUUAUAGUCAGUAUUUCCGAUGGCCUGAGCACAGUUUCUGAAAAAGUCAGGAUCCUUGUAACAGAUGCUAAUGAUGAGAGCCCAGAGUUCAUCAAUACACCUUACAUAGUCCAAGUCCCAGAGAAUACCCCCUCAGGCAGCAGCAUAUUUAAGAUCGAGGCGGUAGACAGAGACACAGGUUCUGGAGGAAGUAUCACCUACUUCUUGCAGRACAUCCAUGCUAAUAAGUUUACAAUAGACCGUCACAGUGGUGUUCUGCGCAUCAAAACGGGGGUCACCCUGGAUUAUGAAAAAUCAAGAACCCAUUUUGUCAUCGUUGUGGCCAAGGAUGGCGGUGGGAAGCUCAGGGGAGACAACAAAGUGUUUUCAGCCACAACAACAAUUACUGUCAAUGUGGAAGACGUUCAGGACACUCCUCCCAUGUUCAUCGGGACUCCCUACUAUGGAUAUGUUUAUGAAGAUACCCUCGCAGGCUCYGAGGUACUUACUGUGGUUGCUCUUGAUGGAGACAGAGGAAAGCCUAACAGCAUUCGUUACUGCAUCGUGAAUGGAAGCGAAGGUUCAUUUGAAAUCAGCAACACAACUGGAGCUAUUUCUGUUAUAAAAAGCCCAAAUCAGCUUAAGAAAGAAGUCUAUGAACUAAAGGUUCAGGCAUCAGAAGUCAGUCAGGAAGGUGGCAUCUCAGACAAUGCUUUUGCUGCCGUGACUAUACGGGUCGUUGACCUCAACAACCAUCCACCAACGUUCUAUGGAGAAAAUGGUCCCCAAAACCGAUUUGAACUGACCAUGUAUGAGCAUCCCCCAGAGGGAGAAAUCUUGAGGGGCCUGAAGAUCACAGUCAAUGAUUCAGAUCAGGGAGCCAAUGCUAAAUUCAACCUCCGUCUUGUUGGACCUGGUGGCAUCUUCCGAGUGGUUCCCCAAACUGUCCUGAAUGAAGCUCAGGUUACAGUAAUAGUGGAAAAUUCUGCUGCUAUUGACUAUGAAAAAUUCAAGGUGUUAACCUUCAAGCUUCUGGCCAUCGAGGUGAACACACCUGAGAGAUUCAGCUCGACAGCUGACGUGGCAAUACGCUUGCUGGACACCAACGACAACGUCCCCAAGUUCUCCUCUGACUACUACAUUGCCAGGAUCCCUGAGAACUCCCCCGGGGGCUCCAACGUAGUCGCUGUAACAGCUACAGAUCCAGAUUCAGGACUCUGGGGAGAAGUCAAGUAUUCUAUCUAUGGAACAGGAGCAGAUUUGUUCUUAAUCCACCCGUCCACAGGUAUAAUUUACACCCAGCCCUGGGCUACAUUAGAUGCUGAAGUGAACUCGAAGUACAAUUUCUAUGUGAAGGCAGAGGACACGGAUGGGAAGUACAGCUUGGCUGAAGUGUUUAUUACGGUCCUGGAUGUCAAUGACCACUCUCCAGAGUUCAAUGAGAACAUCCAGGAAAAGACAAUGAUCAUUGGGUCACCAGUGAAGAUAGAGGCCAUAGAUCAAGAUGCAGAAGAACCCAACAACAUUGUUGAUUAUUCUAUCAUGCAAGCAGAUCCAGCCAACGUGUUUGAUAUAGACCAGAGCACAGGGGAAAUCAAGCUGAAAUCCUAUAUCCGUUCCCUGGACAUCAUCCACAACAUCACAAAGAACAAGGACUGCAUCUGGUCGCUGGUGGUGCAGGCCAAAGACCGAGGCUCCCCUUCCUUCAGUACCACUGCAGUUCUGAAGAUUGAUAUCACAGAGGAGACUCUUCACAAAGGGCCUAUGGCCGCCUUUUUGAUGCAAACUAAAGAUAACCCCAUGAAAGCCUUAGGGGUGCUAGCUGGCGUCAUGGGCAUCAUGGUGAUGAUAACGGUCAUGAUCUCCACCGCCAUGUUCUGGCGCAAUAAGCGGUCCAACAAAGUCAUGCCCGUGAGGAGGAUCAUAAAAAAGAGGCAGGUGCACCCGCCCCGCUCGGUCCGCAUGGAGUGGCUGAAGCUGAGGAGAUCCAGCAACGCCGCYGAGAAGUUCAUGGUCGAGGAGGACGCCGGCAACGAGAACAGCAACAACAACGCGCGGGCSGGGGCCGCAGUGCCGCCGGCACCCACCCCGCCGCCGCCGCCCGUGCCAGCCUGUGCGGCGGCCGCUCCCGCAUGGCACCUGCCCACCGUCUCCGGCUCCCUCGCGCCCACCUUCAGCAACAGGCCCCUGARGAAGAAGGGCCCGGGCGGCGCGCACAGCGCCCUGGUCUCCGAGCUCAAGAUGAAGUUUGAGAAGCGCAACGCGGCGCUCGGGGWCCCGCACAUCUAG